GGCAAAGCAAGAAGCAUGGGCAAGAGCGGCAGGCGCUCGUAAAACAACUUGUCUAGCCCUAAGAUUGGUACUGACCGGCGUGCGACUGAAAGCUGACAAGACAAUGAGGAGUUCUAGAGAUCGUCAAGAGGCUGGAGGAGAAAAGUCGGGAGAAGGAGGAGAAAAGAAGAAGAAGGUGGAGAAAUUAAGAAAGAAACUGGAGGAAGAGAAGAGAAAGAAAGAGGAAGAGAUGAAACAGCUGAAGGAGGAGAUGAAGAAGAACAUGGAAGAAGAAGCAAAGACCAUCGACGAAGAGGAAGAAGAACAGGAGGAAGAAGAGGAACGGUUGGAAAGGAGGAGAGGAGUUGGAGAGGAAAGGCCUGACGAUGCAGAGAGUAGCCAGGCCGGGCAAUUGAGACUCGUCCAGACAGAUGACGAGGAUUGCGUGGCGAAGUUCGGAUUCCAUACCAAGAUGCUGGAUGAGACAGAGGAGGGGAGAAGGGAAUUUGCAACGAGAUUGGAGGCAGUCGCUGACAAGGAAGACCGGGACCUGCUGUAGAAAGAGAAAGUUCCCUUCAUCAACGACUGCUAACCCAGAAAAGGAGGGAAUUCGACGAAAAGAAAAGGAUGAAGGAGGGAGGAGAGAGGCGUCAACAAAGGCAGAGGGAACAG